GAAUGGCUUGGAGAUAAAGAUUUACCCCCUAGGAAGCCGCUGCGGAGCUGGCAGGAGAAACUGGCGGCAGCUGGCUUGAGAUUCUCCUUCUCUCUUCUGUCUCUCCAAGGCUUUAGUUACUUUCCAGAGGGGAGAGGAGGGAGCCAGAUCCCAGCUCCAGCUACAGACUGACCCUAAAGAAGAAAAGGAAAGCAAGCUAGGAAAAAAACAAGACCCUAAAGAAGAAAAGGAAAGCAAGCUAGGAAAAAAACAAGACCCUAAAGAAGAAAAGGAAAGCAAGCUAGGAAAAAAACAAGACCCUAAAGAAGAAAAGGAAAGCAAGCUAGGAAAAACCAAGAUCCUAAAGGUGAAAAGGAAAGCAAGCUAGGAAAAACCAAGACCCUAAAGGUGAAAAGGAAAGCAAGCUAGGAAAAAACAAGACCCUAAAGAAGAAAAGGAAAGCAAGCUAGGAAAAAUCAAGACCCUAAAGGUGAAAAGGAAAGCAAGCUAGGAAAAAACAAGACCCUAAAGAAGAAAAGGAAAGCAAGCUAGGAAAAAACAAGACCCUAAAGAAGAAAAGGAAAGCAAGCUAGGAAAAAGCAAGACCCUAAAGAAGAAAAGGAAAGCAAGCUAGGAAGAAAACCAAACAAGCAGCACCAGGAUUGAAGGAACUAUCCCAGAUGGAUCUGAAGGACAGCACCAGCGAGGGCAGCAUGGGCAGCCUGCAGCCUUCCAGCAUCCAGCUCUUUGCCAACACCUCCACGCUGCACGGCAUCCGCCACGUCUGCGUCUACGGGCCGGUGACCGUCCGCCGCCUGCUCUGGACCUUGGCCUUCGUGGGCUCGCUGGGGCUGCUGCUGGUGGAGAGCUCAGACCGGGUGGCUUUCUACUUCUCCUACCAGCACGUGACCAAAGUGGACGAGGUGGUGGCCAACAGCUUGGUCUUCCCUGCUGUCACCAUCUGUAACCUCAACGAGUUCCGCUUCUCCCGGCUCACCACCAACGACCUGUACCACGCCGGGGAGCUCCUGGCGCUGCUCGACGUCAACCUGCAGAUCCCCAACCCUCACCUGGCUGACCCAGCAGUCUUGGCUAUCCUCCAAGAGAAGGCCAACUUUAAGCAGUACAAACCUAAAGUGUUUAACAUGCAGGAGUUCUUGGCAAGGGUUGGCCAUGACCUGAAGGAUAUGAUGCUGUACUGCAAGUUCAAAGGCCAAGAGUGCAACCAUGAGGACUUCAAAACUGUGUUUACAAAGUAUGGGAAAUGCUACAUGUUUAACUCAGGAGAGGAGGGACGACCUCUGCUCACCACGGUGAAGGGUGGCACAGGCAACGGGCUGGAGAUCAUGCUGGACAUCCAGCAGGAUGAGUACCUGCCCAUCUGGGGAGAGACAGAGGAGACAACAUUUGAGGCCGGAGUCAAAGUCCAGAUCCACAGCCAGUCUGAGCCCCCCUUUGUCCAGGAGCUGGGCUUUGGGGUGGCUCCUGGAUUCCAGACCUUUGUGGCCACUCAAGAGCAAAGGCUGACCUACCUGCCCCCGCCCUGGGGUGAAUGCCGCUCGGCCGACAUGGGCUUAGACUUCUUUCCCGUUUACAGCAUCACAGCCUGCAGGAUCGACUGUGAGACUCGCUACAUCGUGGAGAACUGCAACUGCAGGAUGGUGCACAUGCCAGGGGAUGCUCCCUUCUGCACCCCGGAGCAGUACAAGGAGUGCGCAGAGCCUGCGCUUGGUUUGCUGGCUGAGAAGGACAGCAACUACUGCAUCUGCAGGACACCCUGCAACCUGACCAGGUACAACAAAGAGCUCUCCAUGGUCAAGAUACCCAGCAAGACCUCGGCCAAGUACCUGGAGAAGAAAUUCAACAAGUCAGAAAAAUACAUCUCAGAGAAUAUUCUUGUGCUGGACAUAUUUUUUGAAGCACUCAACUAUGAGACCAUUGAGCAGAAGAAAGCCUAUGAAGUGGCAGCCUUACUUGGGGACAUUGGAGGCCAGAUGGGGCUGUUCAUCGGUGCUAGCAUCCUCACUAUCCUGGAGCUCUUUGACUACAUCUACGAGCUCAUCAAGGAGAAAUUAUUGGACCUACUUGGGAAGGAGGAAGAGGAAGGGAGCCAUGAUGAAAACGUGAGCACUUGUGACCCCAUGCCAAACCAUUCGGAAACCAUCAGCCACACUGUGAAUGUGCCACUGCAGGCCACCUUGGGCACGCUGGAGGAGAUUGCCUGCUGACAGCCACCAACCCUGCUCCACAGUGCCAACACCGAAGGAAAAAGGGGGGAAACUGCCCAGGAAAAGCAGGGAUCCAGCUCAGUCUCUGAUUUUCCCUCCCAGGAGGACCCCGAGGGCUCCAGCCAGCCCCACCCUAACUAACGACCUGGGCUGAUAGAAUAAAGAACCACAAAGCCCCCAGCUCUUGGAUUCUCCUCCUCCUCCUCCUUCCUCUCCUCCUUCUUCUCGUGUCAGUCUGUGAUGAACCUUAAGCUAAAGCCUGGGUCCCUCCCCAUCGAGGCCAGGUCACCACCGGGGGCUUCCUUCAACGCUACCAAUCACCAACCCCUCCCCCACCCCCAAACCUCCCCUCGAGGUGAGCAUCCCUGGAGAGGGGACAGCUUCUGGUGGAUCAUCUGCCCCCCUCCUCUCAUCCUGCUCUUCCAUCUCCAGUGCCUGGAUAGUUUGUCUGUGGUGGGGAGGGUCGGGGGGGGGGCUGUGGGGAGGUUCUUGAAGGGUUCUUUUAAAACUCUUUUUCAUUUUGAUUUUUUUAAGUAGUUUUUUCCCCCUCCCCAUGAAUGGAUUCUGUGCUUUCUCCUCCUUCUCAUGACUGAUAUUAAAGCUGGUCUUGUGGAAAUGGC